AUGAAUACAUUCAAUAUAGGGUUUGUAAUUAUGGAUCAUAUAUUUGAACGUCUUACUGAAGCUCUUAGAGGAAAACUCCUGAUCACCACAACCCGUUGGGACUUCAUGUCCAGUAUUUACUGGGCCGGCGAUUACUUUCCCACUCAAGGCAUCCAUAGUAUCUUUUCCUUUCUUAUGAAGAAAAAUCAAAUCAUAAAGUAUGAUGGAUAUCUGUUGUUGGAUUCCACCAUGGAAGUCCUUGCAAAAAACUCUUUCCUGUGUUCUUACACUAAGGAUGCCUUUUCGGUGAAAGUCUGGAGACGGUGCAGGGAGAGAGAAGAACUGGAGGUUCUGAGGAAAGAAGAGAUGGAUCCGAUCCUGGCUCUGGACAGCUAUUUCAUUUACAACACAAUCUGGGCUGUGGCAAGGGCCGUCAAUGCCGCUUAUUUAUCCAGAUCCAGGAGGACAACAUAUAAAGGGGGUCCAAAUGUGAAAAAUCAAAUGCUGAAACCAUGGCAGCUUCAUCGUUUCCUUCAAACCUCUCAGUUUUAUAAUAAUUGUAUUGAUGGGGUAUAUUUGAAUGAGAAUGGAUUGCUGGUAGCAGACCUGGACAUUGUGAACUGGAUGAUUUUCUCCAAUAUGUCUGUUAGCAAAGUGACUGUCGGGAGUCUAGAAAGGCAGGGAUCCUUGGAUUUCAAGUUGGUGAUCAAGCCGAAUGCUACUGCAAAGAUGGAAAUGCUAAACAAGCCCCUGCCUCCUUCCAGGUGUGUGGAAAACUGUCCUCCUGGAUUCAUGAAGGUGGCUCAGGAAGGGAAGCCCAUCUGCUGUUACAAUUGUCAUCCAUGUGCAGAAGGAACCAUCUCCACCAUGGAAGAUGCAGAAAAAUGUACCCAAUGUCCAGAAGACCAACAUCCAAACAUCAGUCGAGUUCACUGUAAUCCCAAGAUGCAAAGCUAUCUUUCUUAUAAGGAAAAUCUGGGGAUUAUCCUGACUGCCAUUGCCUCAUUCCUCUCUUUAAUGACAGGCUUUGGCUUGUGGAUCUUCAUUAAAUUUCUGGAAACACCAGUUGUCAAAGCCAACAACCGGGACCUCUCCUACAUUCUCCUGAUCUCUGUCCUGCUUUCCAUCUUGACUUCCUUCCUAUUCAUUGGCCGGCCAAGGAGAGUGACCUGCCUCCUCCGACAAACAGCCUUCAGCAUUAUAUUUUCAAUUGCCAUUUCUUCAAUCUUGGCCAAAACGAUCAUGGUGGUGUUAGCCUUCUUGGCCACAAAACCAGGGAAUAAAGUGCAGAGAUGGCUGGGGAAGAAAUUGGCCAACUCCAUUGUCCUUUCUUGUUCUAGCCUCCAAGUUAUCAUCUGCAGCAUCUGGUUGGGAACGUUCCCCCCAUUCCCUGACUCUGACAUGCAUUCUCAACCUAAAGAGAUCAUCCUACAAUGCAAUCAAGGCUCUGUCUCCAUGUUUUAUGUUGCCCUCGGGUACAUGGGCUUACUCUCUGCUGUCUGCUUCACCGUGGCUUUCCUGGCCAGGAAUCUCCCUGGGGCCUUCAAUGAAGCCAAGCUGAUCUCCUUCAGCAUGCUGGUCUUCUGCAGUGUCUGGGUGUCCUUUGUGCCAGCCUAUCUGAGCACCAAAGGGAAAUACACGGUGGCUGUGCAGGUCUUUUUUAUUUUAGCAUCCAGCGCUGGCCUGCUGGUCUGCAUCUUCAGCCCCAAAUGUUACAUUAUCAUUUUUAGACCAGAUCUGAAUACCAAAGAAUAUUUGAUGUCAAAAUAA